UCAGGUUAAAUCAGGGGAGAUAUUCAAUGUAAAGAAGGAAAUUUAAAUGAUUAAAAGUGACAAAUGUUUUUGACCGGAAGCUGACAUUUGCUAUAACGGUACAUGCGCAAUAAUAUUUACCAGGUUGGAUGUGAAGUCACUUCUCAAUAUUGAAAUGAAAACAUGGCAGAAGCGGCCAGGUGCGGAAGAAGAAAACAGAGAAAUCCCAAAAGAAAAAACGUCGAGAAUGAUGAUGUUGACACAAGCAUAAACAAGAAAAAGAGGGAAGUCGAGACAGAAGCAGUAGUGGAGAAACACGACAACAGUAUCCAUGACAGCAAUGGCCAUGACAACGGUGCAAUCAGUGACCACGACGAGGACAAGACAACACCCAACCUUACAAACCAUGACAUGGAGACGGAUGUGGAAAAAGACCAGCUGAAAGACAUGGUUAUACCUGAUGUACCAGAAAAGGCCAUGAUCCCUGAACCUACAACUGCUGUGAAAGAGAGUGUGGAGGAAGCUGUGGAGAAGCCUGAUGAUCCCGAACCUGUGAAGGUCACAGAUCUGCCCUGUAAGCCCCCAGUAUGUGUUGCCUUGACAACAGGAUGUGUUACCGAGGAAGAGAAGAUCCAGGAAUACCUGAAUCGUAGUGACACAGCUGUUAUAUACCCAGAACCAGUUUCUGACCGUGAGCCUGAUGAGGAGGAAGACGAUGAUAACAGUGGCAAGAACGAACCUGAUACUGAUUUGAUGCUACCUGGCGAGGAAGUCAUUCUGCGAUGUAUCCACUGUGACCAAAGCUUCAUCCGUGCUACUCUGCUCCGUGACCACAUGAAGAUGCUCCACCCAGACAAGCCUAUCAAGUACCUGUGCCCUAAAUGUGAUGAAACAUUCCUUCUGAAGUCUCAGCUGGACAAGCAUCUGGCUCUCCAUUCACCAACAUCCCAGUCCUGUAAGAUCUGCAACAAGACUUUCGCCAAUGUGUACCGUCUUCAGCGUCACAUGAUCAGCCAUGACGAGAGCACAGAUCUACGCAAGUUUAAGUGUCCUGAAUGUGGUAAGGCAUUUAAGUUCAAACAUCACCUUAAGGAACACGUCCGUAUCCACAGUGGUGAGAAACCAUUCCAGUGCCCCAACUGCGGGAAGCGAUUCAGCCACUCAGGAUCCUACAGCAGCCACAUGACCUCCAAAAAGUGCUGGGUGAUGAACCAGAAUAAGCCAAGAUCAUUGGACCAAAACAGCAAUGCCGAGUCUCCAAGCGUGUCCUAUUCUCCUAUCCGUACUCCAGUCACAGCCAUUGGUAUGGAAACCAUGAUCCAGAGUCUAACAGCUGGCAAGUUCUCUCCGGCGUUUCUUCACUUUGAUCCAACAAAGGGAGGCCUUCCUUACUACACCCCUCCUAGUGGAUAUCUCCCCAUGGCAUACACUGUGAGACAUGGAAACCCUAUCAAGCCCAUCAUGACCCCACUGAUCCACCAUCAGAAGCCAUUGGAGUGCCCGCCAUCAUCAGUACCCAGCACCAGUCCCUCAGCACCAAUGCCAUUGUCCCAGAUCUCCCCAGAUGUCAACUCUAACACUCAACUCAUCAGCAAGCAGGCCAGUCUUCAGGUAGAUGGAACCAUUCCUAUCCCAGCCUCAGUUGCUGCCACCAUUGCUGCUACGGUCGCUGCCACCAUCGCAGAGACCCGCACCACUCCUGUUGUUGAUGCAAAAGAAGCUGCUGCUACAGAAAAGUCUGAGUCACCUCCUCCACCAUGUAACAUUAAGGUUGAGAAACUGACAGAUUCAGAGAUGGAAAUUAGUGAGAAACCUGAGGAGCUGCCAGAUGUCUCGAUGAUCAAGCAGGAACACCAGAAUGGUGAGGGUACACCUUGUAGAUUCUGUGGUGACAGCUUUAACAGUCCUGUGGACCAGCACCAGCAUGAGCGGUACCUCUGUAAGCUAAAUAAGGACAUCAUCCAUCGUAUCCCUAGUGGAGAGAGUGCCAGGAACUCUCCCUGUAGUACUAUGUCAGAGAGCGGCAGCCAUCGUGAUACACCCAAUGGGAGCAUCAGCGCUGAGGCCGAGACAGACACUGAGGAGAUUGAAGAGAUAUACAAGACAGAGAAGAACUCACCGAUGGAGAGCAAGAAAUUUCGCAUGAGAUCUCUCAUCAGUGAUGAUCAGCUGAAGGUUCUCAAAUCCCACUACCAGGUCAACCCACGCCCAAGGAAGUAUGAACUCAUCCGCAUUGGAAAUGAGAUAGGACUUCCUAAACGUGUUGUACAGGUGUGGUUCCAGAACCAGCGAGCGCGGGAUCGUAGACGAGGCAUGAAUGUUCCAUAUUUCCCAUCAAUGGCCAGAUUCAAGCGUCAAGAGAGUCCCUCAGUACAGUGGAAGGAGACUGCACCCAAAACAUCCACUCCAAACUACAUAGCUGUGGUACCAACACCCUAUGCUCAUGGCGCCAAGGUCAAUGGCAAGGUGACACCUCCAAAACGUACAGGUGAGGAACAGCCUCUGGAUCUUAGUGUGAAGAUGUCUAAACCACCAGACGCUCAUUCUGGUAGUAGGUCAUCCAGUGCCACACCACCUAGUAGCCGCUCAGGCGAGACAACGUGCCGUCCAGGGGACCAAGUUCUAAAUCUGAGUACUCGAGCAGACGAUGCCAGCAAGCCAAGUGUGGAAGGCAGUCUUCAGAACUCGGCCAUCUACAAGUAUAUGCAGCAGGAGGGUUUGUUCGCCGCACACAGACAUCUCCUCACCAAUGCCAUACUGACAUCAUCUCCUAGUCUAAUUCGUCCACUUUCUACACCCACCAUUCCAAGGAGAGAACUCUCUGUCACACCAACUCCAUCCAUCUCAUCACUAAGUGACAUUGCCAGAAGCCACUGUGAACGUGCCAGAUCCACACCCAGCGACAAAUUUGACAACUCAUCAGAUGGCCACAACCGCGACAUGGAAAAUGGCAGAGAUGUAGAUCACCGACUCAUAAUUGAUGAACAAUCGGACAUGUCUGACGAAGAUAGCAACCACAGUUAUGAGUGCAGCACAGCAAUGGCCGAUGCGACCUGUAACCUUUCGACCUUGGCUGAGGUCAGUCUUGCUGAGCACCACAACAUCACAAUGACUGCUGACGGCGAGAUCAAGGUCAAAAGGUUACGCAAGAAGUCGUGGCGACAGGUACACAGCUAUAUGGAGGCUGAGGAAGCUCAGUUAGAGCUUGAUGAAUCCUUACUGGAUGAGGAUCACCCUUUCCGUAAGAAACGUAGAUCAUGGAAAAAUCAUCGCAUGGAUUCCGAGGAAGGCCUGUACGCCUGUGAUCAGUGCAAGAAGAUGUUCAGCAAGCAGAGUUCUCUGGCACGCCACAAGUAUGAACAUUCAGGAGCCCGGCCCUUUUCCUGUGAGCUCUGUGGAAAAGCCUUCAAGCACAAGCACCACCUGACAGAGCACCGGCGCCUGCAUAGUGGAGAGAAGCCUUUUCAGUGUAAAAAGUGUGGCAAGCGCUUCAGUCACUCUGGGUCCUACAGCCAACAUAUGAACCAUCGCUACAAGUACUGCAAGCCAAUGAGAGGCGAGGAAGGUCAUGAUGACCAUGAAAGCCAUGAUGGACAUGAAAUGAUGGACCUUCACGAAGGAUCCUCUUCACCAUAGGCAAACCAGUUGUAUGUCGAGGUUGACCAAUCUAGUGGCAUCUUGCAAAAAGGGAGUUUUCUGUCUCUGCAAAAAUUAUGUGAUGGAUGCUGAUUGGUUCAUAUCUAUAUUCAUUGACCAAUCAAUAUUUCUCUAACAGUAGAUAUACCUGUGUGUAAAGUGACUGUAAAUGAAUGCUGAAUUAUUGACCAAUCAUAAGUCCUCUUAUUUCAAGAGUGCAGCUGCUGUCUCAUUCAUUGAGAAUAUGAAUUCAUGACUUGUAUUAAGACUUGAUUCCAGUAUUUUUGUGUGCUUCAUAUUCAAGUGGAAACAAAUUGAUAAUUGUAAUUGAUCCCUAAUCAUUCCUGUCAUAGAAAAAAUGUUAUCAGUUGUUCUGUUCUAUGUUGGUCACAUGAUAUAGGUCACAUGGCUUCAUUUUCAUAUGCCAGCCAUUUUGAAAUUUAUAUGACAAGAAGACGAUCAUUAAUAAAAAGAAAAAAAACAACAUUUGACACGAAUAUGUGUCUGAUGUAGACAAAAACUCUAGUGCUGUAAAACUCUUUUCUCAGUAAUGAGUGUUGAUGACUUUGUAACAGUCCAAGUUUCUCAUUGUAUUGCUGUUCUGAGAUAUGUUUUGAAUAGUGCUCAAGAUAAUUAUGUGUUUGGUUGGCGUUAUUAGCUAAUCUAAGGUUUUGAUAUUUAAAUAUUCCGACUUUAAUUAAUCAGAUAAAUUUGUCAUGAUUUCAUUGGCUGACACUGUGACCUUGGGAGUGUGAUGCAGAUUUUUUGUGUAUUCUGUUAAGGUUUACUAUUAAUAGUCAUUUUUAUUUUUGUAACGUUACAUGCAAAGUAACAUUUUCUCACUUGUCCUGUUUAAAUGGAUACUAAGGAGUCCUCACCAGUAAUGUGAUCAUCAUAGCUUCAAUAUCUGUAAAUUUAUCAAAACUCAAAAUAGGACUGAAGUAGCAAGUCGAGUGUGAUGACUCCAGAAAUGUACCAUUGAUUGGAAUUUACAAAUGAUUUGUAUUCAUGGUGAGAAAUGUUCCAUGUAUGUUGACUGUAUACAAUCCUGUAUUGUAGUUGGUUUGUAAUCAUUGUCUGUAAACAUUGUUCCUAUGUGAUAACGGGACCAGAACUACGUGUUAUCUUUGUAAGUUGUCAUGGUAAAUGUAUUAGGUACAUAUAGAUAUAUAUAUAUAGAUUCCUGGUUUGGUGUUUUGGUCGAAAAAAUGACCAUUAGCCAAUCAGUACCUGAUACUAAAUACUCAGUUUAUUAACCAAUAGGAUUCAUUGUUACAUAUUUGAAUUGAUCGAUAACCAAUCAUUAUUUAGCAAUUGAUGCUAAUCAAAUGACUUUUCCCCCAUUAUUGUUAUUAUGUUUAAGAAUUGUUCACAUCACUUAGUCUACUGUGUCAUGUCAUCGUAAGGCCAGAUUACGGUGUCAUGUCAUCGUACGGCCAGUCUACUGUGUCAUGUCAUCGUACGGCCAGUCUACUGUGUCAUGUCAUCGUACGGCCAGUCUACUGUGUCAUGUCAUCGUAAGACCAGUCAACUGUCUCAUGUCAUCGUAAGGCGAGUCUACUGUGUCAUGUCAUCGUACUGCCAGUCUACUGUGUCAUGUCAUCGUACGGCCAGUCUACUGUGUCAUGUCAUCGUACGGCCAGUCUACUGUGUCAUGUCAUCGUACGACCAGUCUACUGUGUCAUGUCAUCGUAAGGCCAGUCAACUGUGUCAUGUCAUCGUACGGCCAGUCUACUGUGUCAUGUCAUCGUAAGGCCAGUCUACUGUGUCAUGUCAUCGUAAGACCAGUCUACUGUGUCAUGUCAACGUAAGGCCAGUCAACUGUGUCAUGUCAUCGUAAGACCAGUCUACUGUGUCAUGUCAUCGUAAGGCCAGUCUACUGUGUCAUGUCAUCGUAAGGCCCGUUUGGAUGUUGCAUGCUCAAUUAUUUUAGUGAACAUAUACAUUUUUAAGUAGGGAUACUAUUAAUUUCUAAACAUUGUAUUGUUUUAUCCUACUAAGGCACUCCAGAAUUUUAAAGCAGUUACCCAUAACAACAAUCAUUUCUAGAUUGAAUAGUUUAUUACAGUAUUAUUUUUAUUUAAAAGAUUUUUUAAUUAGGAUUCUGCAAUAAUAUGUGUGCAAUGAGGUUAUCUUUUAUCGUUUAAAUUAAGAUGUACCUGGUUUCAUCUACAUGGACAAUAAUAUUUUGUUUCAUCAGAUGCCCAAAUGACUAUCAGCUAUUAUAUUUUUAAUCUAUGUUUAGGAAAUAUCAGUAUUUAUUUCCUACAGCUGCCAAAUCUUUGUUAGUCCCUCACUAAGUGAGAUACUGGGUGAGAAUUUAAUCGUGUUUCUCCCGGACAUUUCACUUGUACUGUGUUAUAUUUAGCGUAUAGAAAAACUGGGAAACCGUGGCAAGUCUCCUAUGUAUAUGUUGUGUACAAAUUGUAAUUAAACUGGUGAUCAUUUCUGCUAGAAUUUUUACUGAUUUCAGAUGGUGUCUAUGUGGUUAGAGGAUAGUUUUAACAGGUUUAUAUAUAGAUAUGUACUCAUCUUAUUAUGUCUGUUGUUUGUAAAUAGGAAAGAAAUAUUCCCUGGUACAUUCUCAAAGGCUAUAACUCAAGUUUUUAUCCAAAGAAAUAUUCCCUGGUACAUUCUCAAAAGCUCUAACUCAGGUUUUUAUCCAAAGAAAUAUUCCCUUGUACAUUCUCAAAUUUUUAUCGAAAGAAAUAUCACACAAAGAUGGUAAAAAGUUUGUAUUCAGAAAGAUUUCUUAAAAUUUAAAAUAUUUUGAACAGAAAGUGUAGUUUUUGGAGAUACUAGUAAUUAAAUCAAAGUUUUUAGAUUUUGAAUUUGUAAAUGAACUACGAACAUUUAUUUGAUAGAUGUACCAGAGAUAUUUUUUCCCCUGUAGUCAUGUCGUGUGUGUGUGCUUGUUUGUCUGUUUUUAUAUUUAUUAUAAAUUCUAACAAAUGAUCGGGCUGAGGAAAUGGAGUUAAUUUCUGAUGGAUUUAAACAUAUGCUGUAUUUAGAUAUCAGUCGUGGGCCUACCAUGGUCUGAAUACUUUGACUGCAAUAUUACAGUUAGGAUGUAGAAUGAAAGAAGUUUUUGAAAUAUGGAAAGCAUCUCAUUAUGGGUGCCAAAGAUGAUCAGAAUAGCCUACCGUAUCUUUCAAUAGAAUCACAUUAUCAAGAAUAUGAUUGGAAAAAAUCAUUUUCAUGCAAAUAUUUUGUUAAAUGUUUCUAACAUAAUUUUUUUUUUCUUUGUAGUAAUUUCCAAAAAUCUGUUAUUUCCAUCAUUCAAUGUUGAGCUGUGACAAUGAUUUAUCAGAAACUAAUCUCUUAUCCGAUAAAGCCUGACAACACAUCAAAAUCCGUGGUAGUCUUCCAGUGUCACUGUGCUCGUCACCGUGCUCGUCUUCCAGUGUUAAUAGUUGUUAUAGUUGUUGACUUGUUACUGUUUGUGUCGUUACAGAAGGAUAUCCUAGGUAAAUUGAUCCUAGUCAUCAAGGAGUUGUGGAGUAGCUUUCCUUUUCUGUUAUAAAAUUAUUCUUGUCUUUUUUUUGAGCAUUUUCUUCUCACUUCUUGAAAGCAUUAACAUAUUUGUUUAAAAUCAUCUAAUUAUUCUCAUUUGCAAUAUUAGAAUUACUAUUUGAAGAAUGUUUUAUAAAGUUUUAUUGACAUUGCAAAGAAGAUCUCUUUUGUUUUGGCUAAAGAAUGUUAAAUUAGAUUUUGUUGAAGAUAUAAACCACUAUUACAAUUGUUUAGUGUAGUUUUCUGUGAAGUUUGGUGAUUUUCUGUGAAGUCUGUGAAGUGUGGUGAUUUUCUGUGAAGUUUGGUGAUUUUCUGUGAAGUUUGGUGAUUUUCUGUGAAGUCUGUAAAGUUUGGUGAUUUUCUAUGUUUGGGAAGUCGGGUCAGUAUUACAUUAUACAUCACUAGUUAAAUAAAUUCACACUCAUCAGAACAGACAUUCUUGAACAAUUCAUACCUUCUUAUGUGCCAAAGUUUCCUCUAACUUAAGGUCACAUUUCCCAAUGACUGACCUUCGUGGUGAAUUCAUUUGUGCCAAAAUGAAAACUGAUUCAUGUUGUAUGUGGCUUUUGAUUUCACGCUGGUCAUAGUGAUGUUGUGGAACAGGUAAUCUCACCUGUUGUCAAAAUUGUAGAUGUGUUGUUAUUAAGUAAUGAUCACAAGACCGACAUUUCUUUACAAGUUAGAAUAUCAUAAAGAUUUGUUACUGCAGCCCAAAAUGGUCGCCGUACAGAAAUAUAAGGGAGACUACCCACUUUUAAAAAGGAGGAACUCAUAUGUCUUCAUCUUCCCCAGAUACGUUGAACAUUAACAGGGUGUGUGUUUGUGUUUGUGUUUGUGUUUGUGUCAAGGUUUCCUUGGACAUCUACCCAUACAGUAUUAAAGACAGAUGUCUUCCAUUAUAUAACCCAUGUAUAUAAAAUCAUUGUGGAUAUAUAAUCAAUUGGUGUGGUCCACAAACAUUUAUCCUUAUAUUCCUCGCUGCUUUAUGUAAAAUGCAUGUUCAGUUUUUACAACAAAAUUUCAAACAAUUAUGCUGAUAUUAAGACUAAAAUUAAUCAGGUAUGAAAAUUUCAAUGUUCAGUUAAAUGUUUUUUAUAUCCAAACUGAGUGUUCAUCCUCAAUGUUAUUGGUACAACCUUUGUACAUUCUGUGACAGAUAUAAACAGUUUAGAUAAAAAUUGAUAUUUUUGUUUGAACUACAGGUACUGUAAAUUACAAUAUUUAAGUUUAUUAAACAAAAUGUUUUUGAGAUACUUUGAUUAAUGAAUAAAAUGUUUACCGUAUUUUAUUUGGGAAGGAAAAAUUCACAACAUACUUCACGUAUGAUUGGAUUAGUUUUUGAGAGAUAUUUGAAAAAAAAAUAUAUUCCAGUUGUGAUUUACAGUUCACAUCAUUACUAUAAAGCAGUGAGAAUUUAUAGGUCACAGUGACCUGGUACAGACUUUUAUAGGUCACUGUGACCUAGUAUAGCCUGGUUUCUUUGAUGCAUGUUUUGUGUACAUACUAAAUAUUUAUAUCUCUUUGUGCCAAUAUUUGUAAAAUUCUUCCCAUAAUGUCUAAUGUUAUUUCUGUAACAUAACUAUGAUUUCUUUUUUUAAUACUUUCCACCUGAGACUAAAAAACAAUAUCACAAAAUAUCUGUGACUUUCCCACCUUAAUAACACAUUAAAGAAAUAAUGUAUAUGACUAAAGUUAUGCCAACUUCAUUUUUGUGGAUACAUAACAAUAAAAAACUCAGUAUUAGUUGUAUUUGAUGAACAUAGAUUUUCAUUAGUAGCAGGUAGUCCCAGGUGUAGUUAUUUCUGUUAAAUGAACCUUAAUUUGUAAUGUGCCAAUGACAAAUCUCCAUUAAUGUUCAUUUUCAUAUCCAUGUUCUUCCGUUAUAGUUAAUUAUUAUGUGCCAAUUUGAAAUUAUGGAAAAUACUCAAACACUCAAACCAUUUCAGUAUUCAAUGUUGUUAUGCCUUCCUGUUUACGUAUUGAAGUAUUUAUGAUAUUCCUUAAUAUUAUACAGUAACACUUGACCAAUACUUACAAUCCUGUAUGUUUACACUAAUCCUGAAAUCCAGUUUUGCCAAUACUCAAGUCCUCAAAACCAUGUCAGUAUUCUAUUUCUUUUAUUAUUACCUGCUGAUCUUCCAGGAAUAUUGUUUGCACUUAUUAUUUAGAAUAUUGUCAUGAAACCACUCUGCAAUCAUUGUUUGUCUUCCUAAUGUUGAUUACAGAAUGUGCCAACACUAGAAAAUAAUACUCAUUUUACUCAGCAGAUACAUUUAAAUGCUCAAACGUGUUAAAACAGAGAUCAAUGUUUUCCUGGUUUGAGGAUAGAAACUCAGCCUUGUAGUGUCAAACCUUUGUCAAUUUCUCUACUUAAUGUAACUUGUAAAUAUUCCAAUAUAAUCUUGUGAAUGCAUAAUAUUGUCAUGUCUGGUCAUAUAAAAUAUAUCUCUUCGUGAAUGCAUAAUAUGUAAUAUAUGAUUUCAAAUUUUAUCAAUUUGAAGAUGUCAAAUUUGUUUUAAUACAUGUAAACUUAUUUAAUAUAUAGAAUCAGUGCAUGUUGUAUAUUUAGUAUAGUGUUUUAAAUAGCUGCUUGUGUAUGCAUUUCCUUGAGUAAAAACCCUGCAUGUUUUGUUAGUAUCUACAAAGUUCUUCUAGCAAUAAUGAUAAAACUUUGUCUCAGUAUGCCAUAGUGAAAUUUACAUAAAACGGCUUUAAAUGGCAAUUAAUCAAAAUCUUAUAUAAUUUGUGUUGUCUUCUCUGUUUUAAGCUCUGUGAAUUUCUAUGUGGCCAUACUAUAGCUGUACUAGUUAACUGUUAUAUCUAGUGUAUUCUGUACGAUAUGAGUAAUAUUUACGAUUGUUUAUCGAGACUUGCCAUGGUUUCUAUUUAAUUGUUUUUGACGGCUUCCUCAGAGUAACAGGUAUAAGAUACCUGUGUAUGUGCCAAACAGAACAUAGUCCCAAGUAUUAUCCUCGUGUAUACAAUCUGGUCCUAAUUUAUAUAUAGUAAAGCAGCAAUAUAUCAUGUAGAAUUAAACGAGUAAUCAAAGACAACCAAUGAAUUUAAAAUCUCAACAUUAAAGAUUUUUAGCCAUCUAGUAUCAGAUGGUAUGGUAUUCAGAAUACCCAUCGUCUAUCUGUAAAAGUCCUUUUUAUUUUUUUAGAAGUAUUGGAGGGAUUUUUCUCAGACUUCAAGUAUAGAUACCCUUGAUCCCUAGCUGUUCCCAUUCAAUUCUGAGUCUGAUUGGCCUGGCAGGCAUCUUUUAUUUUGAUAUUUGAAAAUUGGUCGCUAGUUGUGCCCAUUCAAUUUUGAGUUGUUUGGAAAAACAAAAUGGCCGACAGACAGCCAUCUUUGAUUUUGAUGGUUUCAGUUUAUUUUUAUUUCCCAGAAAGUUAAGUCUGUUAAUUUUGAAACCAGAUUUCCAUUCAUGGAUUAAAUCAUGAGUUUAAUCAGACAAUUAAGUGUUUAAAAAACUUGUACUUAAAACCAUAUUUCUGCAUAUUUACACAUGAUGUUGGAUUUAAAUUAUGAUAUCAAUACUAGAAUGUUCAAUAUUUAAAUGAACAUAAUCUUUGAGAUUGAAAUAGUGUGUAAAUGAAUGGCAGCAAUAAGUAUUAUAGCUAGGUAUUAUAGCUAUGUAUGUUAUGUAACGUGAAGAGAUGAGUCAAUUCUAGUCAGUAGGAUACCACUGGUGUAAAGUGCAAUAUCGGGCAGUGCUUAGUCUCCCAGUCAACCAGCACUCGCACAACAUGUGUCUUCACAACUUUAUCUCUGGAAUUUGUAUUUGUCAGAAAUGACAAUCAGUUGGAAACUAAAAAUCUCAUUUUAUAUUUAGAACUAAAAAAAUAUUCUCUGAUCUUACCCUCUUUUUUUUUUCCAUUUUUUUUUUUCUUUUUUUUUCUUUUAUCAUAAUAAUCUUUAUUUUUAAAAACUUAAAGUUAUAUGCAGAAAUAUUAAUUUCAUGAUCGUAAAUUAAUUUAGAUUGUUUAAAAUGUACCAUUGAUAAUUAUGCCAUUAAAACUAGUCAGUGUAUAUCAGGUAACAAGACGUAGAAUAGGUUGUUGUGUCGUUAGGUCGUGUGAAUCAUUUAAACAUGUGUUUAAUUCCAAUUUUGAAAAAAGAACCAUUGUUUUACUCAUUUACCCAUUAAUGAUUAAAAUUGAUUUUAAUGAUGUAUGAUUUAAUGUUUAAUUGAUGUUUUAGUAAUGAUGUACUGAGCAGUUGCUAAUUACUACUCAUCAGCAAUAUACCGUUCUUGCCAUGGAUGUAUAUAAUUGUAUCUCAAUAUGAAAGUGUAUGUAUAUUUGCUAAUGUAUAGUAUGUGUAAAAAUGAUUUUGUAAUGCAAUUUGGUAUCAUGUAUAUUGAUUGUAUAGUGAAAAUAAAAUGACUUAAUCUAGUCUUGCUGAAAUUCAA